AGGAAUAAUGAUAAAGAAAAACAAUUCUUGAUCAAUUUAUGUAUAAAUAUUCAUUAUAUAAUUAAAGUAGAAUGAUAAUAAUUAACCAUUAACUAUGAAAUCAUUAUGUAUAUUAUGUUUACUUAUUUCAUUAGUAUUCUGUAUGAAUAAUGCAAUGGAAGAUUCUACACAACAGUUACAAGUUCAAAAGGAUCUUAGAAGACGAAGACAACCAAAUCUUUAUCAGUGUAUGGCAUGCGUAUCCGGUGUUGAACAAGCCAAAAAUAUAAUUAUAAGUACAGCAGCAAAUGUAUCAAUCAGUGAUAUAAUUAAAAAUGUUUGCAUGGGAAGUGGUCCAUUUAAUACCUCAUGUGGAAUGUUUGUGAAUGGACUUUUAUCAAAUAUCUUUUAUGUAGUCCAGGAAGUGAUACCACAUAAUGUGUGUGCUACAUUCGAUUUUUGUAAUUACCCACCUGAGAUAUCUGUUUGUGAAUAUUGCCUUAAAUCUGGACUUUCAAUCAAAUCAAUAUUAUUGUCGGAAACUUUUGUAUCCGAGUUAUAUAAUAAUACAUUAAAUAUGUGUAAUACACAACGCCAUCAAUCACCCAUUUGUGGUCCAUUCCUACAUGAUUUGUUCUUGGCAGUAACAUUAAGCUUCAAUAAACAAUUUCUUGUACAACGCCUUUGUCAGAUCUAAAUUUUGUUUCAUUAAAGUUAAAUGAAUUGAUAGAGUGGGAUAAAUAGACAACCCUUUUAAAUUGUUUAAUUAUUACAAGUUAAAUAUCAGUAUGGUAUGUAUUAAAUCUCAUAUAAACAUAAGCUUUGAAUGUAUGGAUCAAAGUUUUUCUACUCUCUGUGUUUUGACUUGAACAAGCGGUGAUAAUAUAAGUGUAGUAAAAGUUUAUUUAGAUGCAAAUAGAAGAACAGAUUGAUCACUGUGUAAUGGUCAAUAUGAUGUUUGUCUAGUCUGUUAGUCUUAAUAGAUUUUCUAGAGAUUAAGCUACAAUGUAAUCCCGGAUACUAUUAUAAAAUGUAAGAUGUUUGACGUUAAUCAAUAGGAAUACAUAAUUCUG